AUGUUCGCCAGCAACUCACCUUCUGAUGGCCCAGUCCUCAAUGCUGGCUCAGCGACUGCCAAUGCGAACAUCGUGUCAUUUUUUCCAUCCCAUUCAUCAUCCAACCAAUCACAUCAAUCCGUGACACCAACAGCUUCAGCUGUUAUCAUACGGUCUCCGGAUUCGGUCACUGAUGGUUCUGCUAAUUCUGACUAUGUUAAUUCGGGUUAUCAACUUUGUUCUUCUGCUUCAACUGGCUACCAACACUAUCCGCCAGUUCAAUUUCCGUUUUUAUUCGGAGCUUCUGAAUGGAGUUUUGUAAGUUUUUAA